UGCCAUCCUGGGCUUUAGUAUAGAUUUGAAAGUUAACCAUCGACUUGGAUCGAUGGCAAGAACGCUGUCCGGUCUACUACGGUAGAAGCGAUAUCGAGCCUGACGACGCGACACAACAGAAGGACGCACGCAGAUACGCGGAUUGAUUUGGUGUGAUAAUUAACCCGGAUGCGGAUAUAGUGCAGUGCGAAAAUUCUACGAAAAAUAAAGACUGAUCAAAAAGUGCUUCAAGAUGAAAUUCUUCAUUUUAUUAUUAGCAACUCUAGUGGCUGCAGCCCAAUCAGAGUUUAACGGAUACACAUACACCACGCCUACCUGUCCACUGACGUACAACACGGUUACUACUACUUUAUUGAAAACAAGCGUACAAACUGUCUCCGUACCAGUUGAACCAAGUACUCGAUAUGUUACACGACAAACCACUAUCAUCCAAACUUCUGCCAUUACCGAGACCGUUCCCGUUUACAAUACUAUUACACGUAUUAACACGGUGACCCGCACUCAACCUCCUCCACCACCACUAACGCUCACCAAUACAGUUACUCAGCCUCCAAUAGUGUCAACUUUUGUUUCCACUAUUGUCAGACCAACACCAGUGUUCAAAACCAUUACAGAUGUAGUAACUUUCACCCAACCCCCGGUGAUUCUUCCCCCAGAAGUGGUUACAAGAGUUGUGACUCAACCCCCUGUAACUAGAUUCCAGACUAGAGUUUUGACAGAAACUAUCCCUGUUGUAACGAGAGUCACUAAUGUUGUUAGCGUACCUGGACCAACUAUCACUCUGCCACCAGUGAUCACAACCGCAACCAAAACAUUACCGCCAGUAGUACGGUAUAGCACUUCUUACCUUACAACCACAACUCCGGUCAUUGAAUUCUCAACAGUCACUCUUCCACCUACUACGCGUACUCUUCCCGCACAAACAGUUCUAAGAACUACGACUUUACCUCCGGUGACAACUACAUCUACAUCCAUCAUCGCCACACCCACUCCCGUCUACCGUACAAUCGUCAGUACCACUACUACAUCCCUGCCACCACUGCCACCAAGUACUCAGGUCAUUUAUUCCACCAUAAUUCCACCACCGAUCGUUAAAACCGUUCAGCUGACAUCGACCUCCAUCCAACGUGACACCCAGAUCAUUACGCGUACCAUAGUCAACACUGUAACAUCUCCCGUUCCUCAAUACAUCACCACAACCAUUCAACUGCCACCGGUGACUACAACAGCAGUCUGCUCAAUAACGAAAGGAUAUCUACCGGUGAAACCUGAUCCCGCCUAUCUGCCUCAAUUCAAAGACAAUCGCAAUCGUGAGGAUGACUACCAACCACGGUACAACGAUAUCUACCCGUAAUGAUGACGAAUUAAGCCACCUCCAGCUACACGCGAACAUGAUACUCAACGAUAUGGUAUGAAUGGAUCAUGUGUAAAUGAAACUGUUGCAAGCGGUGUUCCAGUGAAGCAAGACAUCCGAAGUAGUUGUUUGAAUGCUAGAGAAUGAAAUAAAUGUACAUUUUGAAAUGGUUAA